AUGGAGAAGAAAGCCCUCCUCAGGCUUAUGGUUAUUCUUCUGGCUCUUUCCUGUUUUUUAUAUACUGCUGCUGUUCCUACAACAAGAAGCUCCAUGAUCUGGAAAAUGGAUCCAUCAGUGCAAGAUCAUCUUGCUAAGGAGGAUCUGAGUUUGGGGUUAAGGAACAUGAAGGAAGGAAUUGUAGAGAGCAGAAUGAUGAUGGAUAUGAUUGCAGACUAUCCAGGAGCAAGAGCAAAUCCAGCCCAUGAACCAAAAUCCCCUGGAAAGCCUUAA